AUGUCCCCCCAGGCGACAGUGGCCGCGUUUGCCGCCAGCGAGGGCCACGCCCACCCCCUGGGACCCCCCAAUGACCCAUUAAUGACCCUCAAUGACCCAUUAAUGACUGCGACAGUGGCGUUUGCUGCCAGUGUUCACGCUGAAACUAUCAAAAUCUCUGUCGAGGUCUAUGACGUUAAUCUGAGCAUCAACAUGCCUGAAGGUCCAGAUGGCAGCUUGGAAUUUGGAACCAUUAAUAUCCUGGAUAAUAAGAAGGAAGUCCUGAGCCUGAAGAACCAAGGCUUAUAUGACAUUGAGUACAGUUUCAAGCUGAGAGCUGGAAGUGCCAAGAUCGGCAACUUGGAAUCUCACUUCACUGUCCGGCCGCAGAGGGGUUUAUUGAAAGCCUCCAAGCCAGCUGUGAAAGUUGAGAUUCUCUUCCACCCCAAGACUGAGUUGUUUAUUAAGAGCAGGCCCAUCCUGCUCUGCCAGGUCACUGAUCCCAAAUUGAGUGAAGGAGAGCAGAGCGUUGCCACCAUCCCACUGAGGGUGUCGGCGAGGGCUGUGUACAGCAAGUACAACAUCGAGCCUGCCUCACCCAUGGACUUUGGCGCCAUGAUUAAGGGCACUAAGGCGACCCAGGUCUUAAUUCUGGAGAACAAAGGUGCCCUCAGCUUCAAAUUCGUCAUCGACCGAGCCUCUCCACUGCCAAGUUCACAGCAAGAGGAAUCUGCCCCCUCGGAAAGGGAAAGAAAGCGCUCGCCACAGGCUCAGCUCACCGUAGGCAUGUUCACGGUGUCCCCUUGCUCCGGCUCCAUCGGUCCUUGGGGCCACCAGAAGAUCACAGUGGAUUGCAACGCAGGACCAGAGGGGAAAUGUGAGGAGCAGCUGUGCAUUGACAUCAGCAACAGAGACCCCAAGGACAAUCCCCUCGGCAUUCCCUUUAUCCUGACUGCCGAGUCCUGCUUCCCAGCACUUGUUGAAGACAUCACGUCCAUCUUUGAGAAGUACCCGAUCCACAGCAACGUCAAUCUCCGCCAGACGUUACAGUCGGUGCAAGGCAACGGCGUGUUCAUCAAAGAAGACAACAAAUUCAUUUUCACCAAAGUUCUGGUUGGGCAACAGGCCACAGCUCAGUUCAAGAUCUCCAACAGCAGCAGUGUCCCAUGUGACGUGGUCCUCUCCAUCAAGGCCAUGCCUGAAGAGCCUCACGACGUCAUCAGCAACAUCUUCAAGGUGGAUCCUGCUGAGAUGAGCAUUCCUGGCUUAUCCCACGCCUUUGCUACAGUGACCUUCACUGCAGAACAAAAGGAAGAGUACCAGGGCAUUUUCACCGCUUCUCUUGUUAGCCCAAAAAGCAGCUCCGGGGAGGCAACACCACAACAACUGACCUUCACUAUCAGUGGAGAGGGGCACGUGCCUCAGGUGACAGUGGUGUACCCAGGCCUUCAGAGCAAGAGAGGAAACCCUGUGCUGCGCUUCAGGAGACUCCUGCUGGGGGAUUCACAGAAACUCCCCCUGGUCCUUCGUAACAACGGCGUCAUACCCACCGAGUUUGCAGUACGACUCUUGGAUGAAAAGAGAGUUUUCUCCAUGAAAGGCAGGCAGUCUGCAUUCCAGGCCUUCCACAUGGGAGACGUGGAAGAGGACUCCACCGGAAAAGCCAAGAAGCAUCACAAGAAGCCUUACAUGCUCCUGGAACAGGGACAAUCAGCAGAAUUUGACGUGUUUUUCAAACCCACCCUGGCCCAACGUCUGGAAGGGAAGAUCUGUGUGGAAAUGUCCGGCAAUAAUGAGAUCAACAUCGAGCUGGUGGGUGAAGGCUAUGAUGAUGACUUCACCCUGGAUAACCUUCCUGAAUUAGAAGAGAGUGAGGAGAGCAGUGCUAAGGGCAGUCUGGACGGACGACAUCAUUGAGGCUGUCAGAGUGAAUCACAUUGAGUUUGGGGACUGUGCAGUCGGGAAGCUCUGCGACAAGACCUUCGCAGUCACCAACCGCAGCAAGGAGGAGGUGAUGCGGUU